CAGUUUUAAUCCAUUCACUUACUCGACUCUCUGCGUCCCUUCUAUUCUGAAAACUAUGGACAGACGACAUGGACUUUUCCUCCUCAGCCUCAUUUCCCGACUUGUCAGUGCAACUGUCCUUGGUCCUCCCGACCUUAUCUGGGCCCUGCCUGAGACGUACUGUCUCACCUACCUGUCUACCUUCCUCGAGCUGGCUCCCCUUCCGACCGCCAUCAUCCCCACUGGUGCCAACGUGACUGUCGUCAGAGGAACCACUGUUACCGACUCGGCCGUGAACUCGGCGGCAUCAGGCACCGUUAGAGUCAGUAGGGGAACAACGGGCACUGUCCCGAGCACAGGAACCACUGUCAUCGGAGGAACAACCGUCACUGUCCUAGGCGGAGGAACAACCGUCACCGGAGGAACAACCGUUAUUAGAGGAACUACGGUCACAUCUACGCCAACCGUUACCACUAUACUCACAGCUUCCUCAUCCUCUACUUUAGCUACUGCUACUGCCACCGUCAAUCCUGUCAUCUUCUUUAUUAGCCCUGCGCCCGGAGUCACCAAGAGGGGCCUACAGAAGCAAGCUAACGGCGGCUUUGUAAAUACCAACAUCACUAACAACUGCAACAGCUGCAAUAACGCCACUACCUUCACAAUCUCCCUGGGCCAGCUGUUUGACGCUGGUAACCCUAUCUUUUAUAACCCAGGCGAGGCUUUUAGGAAAAUGAAUAACGCUGGUGUCCCGCCUAUUAACGCCAUAACUAGCACCUUUGACACUAUAGGUGGCGUCCUCCGCUUUACUAACCGAGGCAUCCCCAACGGCCAGGCGAAUUUCUGCCAGGACUUGACCGGUCAGGUCUACCUCACCUUUAACUCAGUAGGGCCUAAUGGAUGCCAGCCUAUCCUUCUGUAUGCCUAUAGAGCUAGCCAAUGCGUUGACGGCCAGAUUGUUGGCGCCACGCUCCCUACAGGAUUAUGUCCUUUACAGUUAUCCUCGGCUACGUUGUCUGUCAAGUCUACUUCGUCUGCUUCUUCAACAGCUACUUUAUCUACUACGUCAGGUUCUGCUACGACAUCUGUCACUUCUACCAGCACCUCAUUCGACUCUUCUGCCAACUCUACUUCUAGUUCUUCUACAUCUAGGUCUUCUACAUCUAGGUCUUCUACCACUGAAACGUCCAGUUCUACUAUAACUGCUCUUACUUUUAUAAACACGUCAUCAGAUUCUUCUCUUAUCUCGAGUCUUGAUUCUUCUAUAAACACUUUGCUUAGCUUCUUCACCACCAUUUCUUCUCAGUUACCUAGCAGCACCUCCACUAGUCUAGUAACAUUAUUACCAGAAUCGUCUACCUCAUCAGUUGAGACUUCUACAUCGUUAGUAGAGGCUUUUACGUCAACAGAGGCUUCCACGUCAACAGAGGCUUCCACGUCAACAGAGACUUCCACGUCAACGGGAACGUCAACAUCUACAACAUCUCCAGCACCUACAAAUCCCUGUCUUGCUGCGCCAGAUCCCUUUACUGCGACAAACGGACAAAGAUAUAAUAAGUACUGUAGUUCUCUGUUUCAAUCGGACAACAGACUAGGGUCAAUAUACCCCUAUAACCAAGGCUAUACUAAAUGCCCUGAUGUAUGCGCAGCAACUUUUGUAGGUAUUACUAUUACUGUAUUUGUCUAUGGUAGAAACGGAAAUGAGCCUUAUUUCUGUGAGUGCUGGACUGGACAACCUCUUAAGAGGGGUCUUGGAAAUUAUCCAACUUACGAUAGUGGAGUCCUUAUUACAAGUUAGACUAGCCUAGGUUAUAAUUAGUAGCUAGGACAGUAAUGCUAUUUAUAUAGAUUAGAAGGGUUAGGC